AUGCAUUUGACGACAAUAGACGGUGAAGAAGAUCUUCGAAUUCAUAACAUAUCGAUUUUGCCGUCGGAUCAGUGUGCAACUGAAGAUCAGAGAGCUGCCAAAUGUUGUUGUGGUGAUGGUUUCUUUUUUGAUUUUCCUAGGAAAAAGUGUGAGGUUUGUUGGGAAAAUUGGGAUUGAUGGCCUAGAUUGGUUUUCUAUGCCACCUGAAAAAGGUUAUUUUCAGCACCAAAAAUAACCUUCUGACGUCUUGAAAAACAGAAUUAACCAGCCGAAAGAAAAUUUAAUAAUUUUUUUUUUUUUUUAGAGAAAAAUAGGAAAUAAUAUUUUUUGAGUUGAAAAUUUGGGGAGAUCGAGAAUUUUUGAGCAAAAAUCAAUCAAAAUUCACUUGAAAUUUUUAUUUUGAAGCGAAAAAAACGCGCUCCCUCAAAUUAGCUCCGCCUCUUUUGCACGCAAACAAUGGCAGCAUGCACAACCUGUUAACCGUCGGCCACACGAAAAAUUUAUAUAUUUGUGUGUUUUGUGUGUUGUAUCGCUUGAGGGCGGUAGCGAAGCUAUUGCCAAAUUUUUCUUGAAUCGGACAUAUUUUAAAAUGAGGGAUUAUUCUGAAAUUUUUGAAUUUCUGGCCAAAUUUCAACAUUGCUGGCUCAAAAUUUCCCAAAUUUCAGAUAGCAGCAAAUGUGGGUUUCAUGUUCGGUCGACUAAACAAUGGCUGGAGUCAUAUGGCAGUUUAUGGUUUCGCUUAUCCAAUGUUAUUGCUCAUGUUAAUUGCACCAUUGUGUGCUGUGAUGUUAGGAAUGGGAAAAAGGGAAAAACGAGAAGGUGAUCGCAGAUAUGUGAGUUUUGGGUGGAAAUUUUGAAAGAAAAAAUUUUUUUUUGAAAAAAAAAACGCUAAAAGUGCCACGUGGAUUGUUGAAGCGAAAAAUUUCAAAUUUAUUUCAGCCCAACCCGCUUUAUCAAAUGAUUUGGUUGUUGACAUUUUGUGGAUGGUUGAGUGUUUUGAGUCCACUUCCAUUCACAGUUUGGUAUUAUUUUGUUGGCGAAGGAACCAGGUAAGUCUGGAAAAUUUGCUGAAAAUCUGGAAAAAAUCUGUGUACUGAUUCCUUUUUCCAAGAAUUUCCAAAGUACAAGUUUUUUGUCAUCAUAAAAUGAGUAAUCCUAAUUUUUUCCCAAAAAAAUUUUUGUCAUCAAAAUCAAAUUGAAGGUUCACUUUUUAAAAAUAAAUCCAUUUUCAUUCUGAAAAUUAGAAAAUUCGAGAAAAAUAUGGGAUUUUUGAGGGGAUAAUCUGAAAUAUUUAUUUAGAUUAGUUUUAGAUCAGAUCAAAUUUCGUAUAGUUGAGAUCAGAAAAAUAUAAAGUUAGGGGAAGUCACCCCUUUAAAGUCGUCCACAUUUCCCUGUGUUAUGGCUCUGCCCAUCAAACCGUGCCCAGAACAUUGCUCAUGUUAAGAAGAAUAUUUUAUUUUUCAGAUCCCUAAAUCAAUCAAUAAUAAUGUGUCAUUUAUUUCGAACCUCAAUGGAAACAAUUCCCCAUAUGACUGAUACAAUGAUGACACUUUUCUCAGUUUUAUUAGCCGCUGCUCGAUUUCUCACACAAUACCAUCGAAACACAUUGAAACUUCGAACUGUCGAGCGAUUUUCGCGCGCAAUUUGGAUGAUUAUAUUUGUUUGCAUCGCGCUGGCAAUUUUGCGGUUUUUCGAACAUGAUACACGGGUUUAUCAAUUUUGUAUGGAUACGGAACCGACGCCGCAAUGGGCUGCGAGAUGUAUGAUUCGAGAUGGAGCACUGAUUAAUAUUGUGAAUCGGAGUUUUUGGAAGGUACGGUAGAAAAUUUGGGUUUUUUUGAGACCAAACAUGCCUAUGGGAACCAAAAAUCAGAAUAAAUUCUAAAUUUCCAAAGUAAAAGUUUAUUUUCACAAAAAAAGUAGUUCGGUUAAAUAUUUUGCAACAUCACUUGAACUUUUUCCAAUUCCUCUUUCGAAUCGUAGAUUUCUUGAGAUUCAGUUGAAUUUGAAUUUGGCGCCGAAUUCAAAUUUUCCACCGAUUUUUCGACUGAAGUUGAAGCUGAAUGAAGAUUUUGAUCUUCCGAAUUCAAAACCACAACUGACUUCGAAUAAGUUGCCAAGAAAAUUGAGAAAAUCACAAAAAUAGCGAGAAUUUGAGAAGUUUUAGUGAAAAACAUUGUUUUUUGAAAGGAGAGUUAGGCGAAAUCGGUUUAUAUACUGGUUUUUGAGUCAUGUGUUUUUUGGUUGGCCUUUUUUGAAAAUCAAAAAAGUAGGAAUUUGAAAGGUUGAUUUUUGGUGCCAAAAAUUGAGAUGUAAGGUUACUGUAGCUCUCCUACAGUAAUCCCAAAAUUUUGUGAAAAUUUCCCGAAUUUUUAUGUUUCAAAAUUUUUAUAAUUUUUCAUUUUUCACUUUGAGUUCCGAUUUUUAAUUUUUAUUAAGACCCAUGUUGGAAAAAUAAGUUAUUUGAAAUUAUUUUCAAAACAAGACUACUGUAGGCUUUGAACUACAGUACCUGGAGAUAUCCAGGGUUACUGUACUUUUUCCCAUCCGAAAUUCAGAGGUUUUUGAUUUUCCCGGAUUUUUUAGGUUUCAAAACAUUUUUUAAUUCUCAAUUUUGAGUUUGAAUUCCAAUGUUACCAAUAAUUUCUUUAAUAAAAUUAAUAACUAAAAUAAGUUAGGCUAACUAAUUUUCUGUCCCCCAAAAUAUCUUUUUUUUUGCACAGGUAUUUCUACCGCUCGCCGAUUUUGCAGUUCAAUUUGUGAUUCCCGGAGUUUUGUUGGCGUUUUUACAUGUCGGAUUCAUUCGAGAACCUGAAAUUGAUAUGGGAGAUUUGACAAAACAGUAAGUUUUCCGUUUUCCGCGCUCUCUCGGUUGCGGAAGGAAGAUCCCCAAAUAUUUUUUUUUGCAGCAAUCGAUUUGGUCGAACUCCCCGUGAUCAAACUCGAAUUCUAAUAACUACAGUAACCAUCAGUUUUUUGGUUGUUCAAGUUCCGACGGCUUUUAUCACAACACUUUCGCUAACUAUUAAUCAUUUUCAAAAUAAUAGUGCUUGUGAGUUUUUUUUUAGAGCUGAAAAGUGGUGAUUUUUCACCAAUUUUCAGUAAAUUUUCACUAAAAAUCCCUAAAUUUCCAGUAAUGAUGUUGGCAAUUGUCACUGGCCAUCUUCAACCACUUUUAUCAAUCACUACAAUGGCUGCAAAUACAUCGGCACUGCUGACUGCUUAUUAUGUUAUUGUUAAGGUCAGUUUGGGGAAGUUUUAAGUUAGCCUAACUCAUUUUCUGGGCUCUCUAGGAGCGGAUCCUUUACAUAGUGGUUCUCUAGACACGACACCUUGAUACAGCGAUUUUCUAAGCGCGGAACCUUGACAAAAUGGUUCUCAAGGCUCCCCUAGUUGUCAACUAGGUUUUCUAGAGGUGUCUGCUUGAAACAAUGAUUCUCAAGGCGCAAGUCCUAUACAAUUAGGUUUUCUAGGCUCGGCUACUUAUCGUUCUCCCCGGUUUUUUUUUGAAAAGUUCAAAUUCAGACUAAUUUUUUCGAUUAUUCAAAAAAAAUUUGAAUAAUCCAAAAUUGUUGGUCAUUUUUUGAACUUUUGUUGAAAAAAAAAACAUUUUUGACAUCAGAACUUAUUUACGAGCUUUCCGCGUUCGCGGAAAAAUUACAGUAAGAAAAAUUGUUAAUAUUUCUAGGAUGACGAUGAAGAUGUUGGCGAUAGUCGAACAUCAAUUUCUGACAAUGACAACGGCAUCAAUGAGCAUCUAUUACAAGCUCAAAAAUCACAAUCGAGACGUGGUACAAGGCAAGUGUGGAGUCAAGGUUUAAGAAGGUUCGGCUAGAGUGAUUUUUGAAGUGUGCAGUGGAGCGAAUUUGCUUUUUUGAGUGAAAAUUUGGGGAUUUAUUGGUUAAUUUUCUCACUGUUUCAAAACUUUCAUAUAAGAAUUUCGCUUUUCUUCAAAAAUAAUGUCAUUUUCAUAAGAACAAUUUUGAAAAAUUCCUGAAAAUUUCUACUGCUUCAAAUAAAACAAUCACGCAAUUUUAAUUUUUCAUUAAAAAAAAUUACAGUUUCAAAAUUUUCAUAUAAAAUUUAGAUUUUUUCUAAAAAUGAUAACAUUUACUUAGUAAUUUCAAAAAUCAAUUCCGAAAUCUAGAAAUGCUCUUUAGGCAUCAUUUUUUAACCAUAAAACCUGGAAAUUUUAAUUUUUGAAAAUUUAGAAAUUUUCGAAAAUUUUCACUGUUUCAAAAUUUUCAUAUAAAAAUCUGCAAUUUUUGCAUAUUAUUCUGACAUGAGGUUGGUAAUUGUUGCAUAUAAAAAAAACUUGAAAUUUCCUACUUUUUCAAAAUUCUUUAUCAAAAAGUUCCAGAAUGUUCAUUGUUUCAUAAAAAUUCGUAAAUAUUUCGUUUCAUAUAAAUUUCUAGAUUUUCUCCCAAAACAACUCACUCAAAAGUUUGCCGUGCCUUCUUCUAACCCAAAUUUUCAGCCAAAUAAUUUCUCCAAUAUUUUUUUCCAGACUUUCCCGUACAUAUCUGAGUGUUUCUCAUUCGUUCGACACCGGCUCACUUCGCUCAUUUUCUCGAAAAGGAUCCACUUCUGGCGGAGAUGAUAUUUUAUAG